GAGGUGUUGAGGUACCAGGGGGGAGGGAGAUGGAGGAUCGAGGGGGCUUAAAGGGGGAUAAACCUCCUUCGACUCUGCACCUCCCGGCAGCUGUGAGGUCUUACCUGUUCGCUGGAAAAACAACUGUUAGCACGCUAGGCUAGGCUAACUGGCUACACUGUUAGCUUCUCAGCUAGGCUAACAAUCUACCGUGACGUUUUACGGUGUUAGCUAACUAGCACGCUAGGCUAAUAAUAAGUCGCGAUGGGUUUUUACGGGGUUAGCUUUUAGCACGCUAAAGGCUAGUCGGCUGCAGAGGAGUUCAUGUGGAAAUGGCUGCUGUUUCAAGCUCGUUUUACGUUCCUGCUACGAGUGCUUUCUGAUUCAAAUCCGCACAGUUUUCAGCAGCUGUUAGACGAGCAGGGGGCUCGAAACGCGGACAUUAACGCGUCAUCUUGAGGGUUGGAAACAGAAACUGCCGCUCGGCCUGGAAUGGAGCCGGGCGACUUGCGUGAAAGCCCCGCCGGCUCCGGGGAGUCAGAUGUGGGCGAGUGGCGGGAGGUGACCCCCGGGGAGGAAGCUGCUGAAACCGAAGGACCGAAAGCAGAGGCGGAGCUGAAAGACACCUGCAGGGAGGAGGAAAACCAAAAAGGCCCCGGGGAACCGGUGCACGGUCCGUAUGAAGAGGAGCUGGACCCCCGGAUUCAGGAAGAGUUGGAGCACCUGAAUGAAGCCAGCACAGAAAUCAACAAACUAGAGCUGGAGCUGGAUGAUGCCAGGUCGUGCUACAGGAAGAUCCUCACCGAGUCUGCCAGGAAGCUGAAUGCUCAGAGCUCGCAGCUCGGCAGCUGCAUCGAAAAGGCCCGGCCCUAUUACGAAGCCCGCCGCCUGGCUAAAGAGGCUCAGCAGGAGACCCAGAAGGCAGCCCUGAGCUACGAGCGAGCCGUUUCUAUGCACACAGCCGCCAGGGAGAUGGUGUACGUGGCUGAGCAGGGCCUGAUGGCUGACGGAAAGAACACGCUGGACCCCACCUGGCAGGAGAUGCUGAACCACGCCACCUCCAAGGUGAAUGAAGCCGAGGAGGAGAGAAUCCGAAGUGAGAGGGAACACAUGCGCGUCACACACUCCUGUCAGGAGGCCGAGGCCCGGGUCCAGAUGCUGCAGAAGUCCCUGAAGAGGGUCAUCCUGAAGUCCAAACCCUACUUUGAGCUGAAGGCUCAGUUAAACAACAUCCUGGAGGACCAUAAAACCAAAGUUCUGCAGCUGGAACAGAACGUCUCCAAAGUGAAAACACGCUACUCCAUCGCUCUGAGGAACCUGGAGCAAAUUAGCGAGCAGAUCCACGCUCAGAGGGGGCGGGACCUGGUCGAGGGAGGACUUCCUAUCAUCUACGGUGGGCGGAGCCCCCCCGUCGGCGCCGAGUCCGACUCCACGGUUCAGGAGGAGGGCGGUGCCUGCGGCGGAGCGGCGGGUAAAGAGCGUCUGGACGCAGCCAUGGAUCUGCUGGAGCGAUACAAGGACCACGACAAGGAGAGGGAGCGAGCUGGCUCCGACUCCCUCUCCGUCUUCAGCCUGCAGACCAUCGCCUCCGACCUGGAGAAGUACGACUCCGUGGAGCACCUGGGAGACCUCAGCGACGUCGGCAGCGUGACCGGGGACGAGGGGGAGAAGGAGAGAGGAGCGGCGGUCAACAAGAGAGACAAACUGACAGAAACAACGGCCAAACAGCGUCAGCAUCAGUUCUCCAAGCAGCACCACCGAAGCUUCAGCUUGUGAGGUUCAGACGCCCAGAACCCAGAGGUCACAACAAUUAAAUAUAAAUCACUGAGUAAACAUGAAACUGACCAAAAUAAUUAAAUAUAAAUCACUGAGUAAACAUGAAACUGACCAAAAUAAUUAAAUAUAAAUCACUGAGUAAACAUAAAACUGACUAAAAUGAUUAAAUAUAAAUCACUGAGUAAACAUGAGACUGACUAAAAUAAUUAAAUAUAAAUCACUGAGUAAACAUGAGACUGACCAAAAUAAUUAAAUAUAAA